AUGUCUACGUUAACCACUGAGCAAUUUAUCAAGAUUCUCGACGAGAAACUCGAGGAAAAAUUUGAGCAGAAAAUCACACCUUUAAGUCAAACGAUUGUCGAUCUCAAAAGCAAAGUCGAGCAUGUUGUGGAACAUAUAACAUUCAUAAAUGCUAAGUACGAAGAACUGUACUUAAAACUUGAAGCCUCUGAGAAGGAAAAUAAGUCGAUUAUGGAAGGUAAUAAGAUCUUGAAAAUGUCUAUUCAACAACUUGAGCGUUCAGUUACCACCCUUGAUCAAGCUCAUAAUGACCUUGAACAAUAUGGACGAAGGGAGUGUAUUGAGAUUAGCGGAAUCCGUGCUUCUGGACCAGGUCAAAGUGAAAAUGUAAACGCUGUUGUUAGUAAUGUUG